CACACAUACUUGAGAUACCCAAAAUGAAAGUGUUGCUAAUUGUGACGGCGCUGUUGGUGACAGUUAGUGCGCUGCGUAUUAAGGAGCGCAUCAAUGGUGAGAAUGGUUGGUACGUGCCACAAGUUGAUGGCACUAACAAGUGGCUGGAUAUGCAGCAAGUUGAGCAGCAGCAGCUGCUCCACUCGCGUGCCAGCAAUGAGGUCAGCUUCUAUCUGUACACCAAGUCGAAUCCAAGCAAGGGUCAGCAUAUUACAGCUACUCAUAGCUCCAUAUCUGGCUCGCAUUUCAACAAGAAGCAUGGCACGCGCUUUGUUAUACACGGCUGGAAUGGCCAGGCCAGCGAUUCGAUGAAUACCAGAAUUACCAAGGCGUGGCUCUCACGUGGCGACUACAAUGUCAUUGUUGUGGACUGGUCCGGCGCACGCACUGCCAAUUACAUAAGUGCAGUCAAUGCUGUGCCCGAGGCGGGCAGGCUGGUGGGUGAUAUGAUCAAGUAUCUGAAUGUGCAGCAGGGCGUCUCACUGGGCAGCGUCUAUGUAAUUGGUCACAGCUUGGGCUCACAUGUAGCUGGCUACUCGGGCAAGACUGUUGGCUCCGGCAAGGUGCAGGCCAUCAUUGGCUUGGAUCCCGCUAUGCCGCUGUUUAACUAUGACAACUGCGCCAAGCGUCUCUGCCCCAGCGAUGCUUACUAUGUGGAGUCUAUACAAACAAAUGGCGGCGUCAAGGGCUUCAUUAAGCCUAUUGGCAAGGGUACCUUCUAUCCCAAUGGCGGCAAGAAUCAGCCUGGCUGUGGCUCUGAUCUGGACGGCACCUGCGCUCAUGCACGCUCCGUCAUCUACUACGCCGAGGCUGUGACCAAGAACAACUUUGGCUGCAUGAAGUGCGCCAAUUACGAGAAAGCCGUGGCCAAGGAUUGCGGCCACACUUACAGCAGCGUGCGCAUGGGCGCUGAUAGCAAUGCCUACAUGGUGGGUGGAGAUUUCUAUGUGCCCGUCAACAGCGAGGCGCCCUUUGGCAAAACUGCCUAAAUAAAAAACAAACUACUAAACAGC